GGAACCCUAUUCCAUCUCCAUAUAUAAAUUUGUCUGUAUUUUGAAAAAAGUAUCGCAGAUUUUUCCUCAGAUUGAGAUUCCUUAGAAUCUCACCCAUCCUGGCCUAAUUUCCGUUUGCUGGUUAGGGUUUAUAUCACGAUUUAUCCGUUCCUUUUCUCUGAAAGCCGGCCCACCUCCUUCCUUCACACCUGCAUAAUCCAAAUCCUCAGAAAAACAACAACAAAUCGAAGAAAAUGGUGGUCAAAGGCGAAGAAUCUGACAAAAUUUUAGAGCUCUUCUUAAAGAUUGGUUUAGACGAACGAACUGCUCGUAACACCAUCGCAAACAACAAGGUCACUGCUAAUCUCACUGCCGUCAUUCACGAGGCUGCUUUGGCUAACGGAUGUGACCGUGCAAUUGGAAAUUUUUUAUAUACGGUUGCCACGAAGUACCCUGCGAAUGCACUCGUACAUCGUCCAAAGUUACUUGAAUAUGUUGUCUCUUCCAAGAUUAAGACUCCUGCACAGUUAGAAGCUGCAUUUUCAUUUCUCUCGAAUGUUGCAUCGGAGGAGUUUAAGAGGAAUGAAUUUGAAGAAGCAUGCGGAGUAGGAGUCGAAGUUUCUCUGGAGGAACUUACACAGACUGUCAAUGAAAUUUUUGAAGAGAAUAAGGCUGUAAUUUUGGAACGACGUUACCGAACAAAUGUUGGUGAAUUGUUCGGGAGCAUUAGGAAGAAGCAUCCUUGGGCGGAUCCAAAGAUGGCUAAGCAACUUGUAGAUGCAAAAAUGUAUGAGUUACUUGGUGAGAGGACAGCAGCAGAUGAUGAGAAGCCUUCUAAAAAGAAGGAAAAGAAAGAGAAACCUGCUAAAGUUGAAAAAGCUGUUGUUGAUGAGACUCCUGCACAGCCAUCUGAAGAAGAACUUAAUCCAUUUUCAAUAUUUCCUGCUCCAGAAGACAAUAUAAAGGUGCACACAGAAGUAUUUUUCAGCAAUGGUUCUGUGCUAAGAUGUUGCAAUACAAGGGAAAGGCUUGACAAUCACUUGAAGGUCACCGGGGGAAGAGUUUUUACUCGUUUCCCUCCCGAACCAAAUGGGUAUCUACACAUUGGACAUGCAAAAGCAAUGUUUGUUGACUUUGGCCUUGCGAAAGAGAGGGGUGGAUGUUGCUACCUCAGAUAUGAUGAUACAAAUCCUGAAGCUGAAAAGAAAGAAUACAUUAACCACAUUGAAGAAAUUGUCCAGUGGAUGGGCUGGGAACCAUUCAAGAUAACUUACACUAGUGACUAUUUCCCAGAACUGUAUGAAUUAGCAGUGGAGCUGAUACGAAGGGGUCAUGCAUAUGUUGAUCACCAGACCCCUGAAGAGAUAAAGGAGUACAGGGAAAAGAAGAUGAACAGUCCUUGGAGAGAUAGACCAAUUGCUGAGUCAUUAAAACUCUUUGAUGACAUGAAGAGAGGUCUGAUAGAAGAGGGCAAAGCAACACUUAGGAUGAAGCAAGAUAUGCAGAGUGAUAACUUCAAUAUGUAUGACCUCAUUGCUUAUCGUAUCAAGUUUACUCCUCACCCUCAUGCUGGGGAUAAGUGGUGCAUUUAUCCGAGCUAUGAUUAUGCUCAUUGCAUCGUGGACUCUCUUGAAAAUAUCACACAUUCACUGUGUACACUUGAAUUUGAGACCAGGCGUGCUUCUUACUAUUGGCUGCUACAUGUAUUGGACCUUUACCAGCCAUAUGUGUGGGAAUACUCACGACUGAAUGUUACAAACACUGUGAUGUCUAAACGGAAGUUAAACUACAUUGUGACAAACAAAUAUGUUGAUGGUUGGGAUGAUCCCCGUCUCAUGACAUUAGCUGGUUUACGACGUAGGGGUGUGACUUCAACUGCAAUAAAUUCUUUUGUUCGAGGAAUUGGAAUCACUAGAAGUGAUUGUAGCAUGAUUCGUUUGGAUCGCCUUGAGUAUCACAUAAGAGAAGAAUUAAACAAGACAGCACCUCGUGUAUUGGUUGUGCUGCAUCCUCUUAAGGUUGUCAUAACCAACCUCGAAUCUGGUUCUGUUUUGGAUCUUGAUGCAAAGAAAUGGCCUGAUGCUCGAACAGAUGACACAUCUGCCUUUUACAAGGUGCCCUUUUCAAAUGUUGUAUAUAUUGAGCGCUCAGAUUUCCGGAUGAAAGAUUCUAAAGAUUACUAUGGGUUGGCUCCUGGCAAGUCAGCACUGCUAAGAUAUGCAUUCCCUAUAAAGUGUACAGAUGUAAUAUUGGCAGAUGAUAAAGAAACUGUGCUUGAGAUUCGAGCUGAGUACGAUGCUUCCAAAAAAAGCAAGCCAAAGGGGGUUCUCCACUGGGUUGCUGAACCUUCCCCGGGUUCUUAUCCAUUGAAGAUUGAAGUCCGAUUGUUUGACAAACUCUUUAAUUCUGAGAAUCCUGCUGAACUUGAUAAUUGGCUCACUGAUCUCAACCCGAAUUCCAAAGUGGUGGUAACUACUGCAUAUGCAGUGCCAUCACUUGGUAAGGCUGCUGUAGGGGAUACAUUUCAGUUCGAAAGGCUAGGCUAUUUCACAGUUGACAAGGACUCGACUGCCGAGAAGCUCGUCUUUAAUCGUACGGUUACUCUCAAGGAUACCUACAGUAAGGGUGGGAAAUAGGUAGUGGCCCCAUGAACCACGCACAUCAAGAAUGCAGUUAUGAACACACACUCGUUAUACAGUUUGCUGUUUUAAUGAAUUCGACAUGGUUUUGAUAGGUUUAGAAGUCGUCUUCUUUAAAUAGAAUUCUACAGUAUGUGAAAUUUAUCUUAGUUGAUAGACCGUGUUGGAAGUUGAAUUUUAAAUGAACUAGACAAAUGCAUAGAAAUAACUCAUGUUGAAAUUUAAUUUUUUCAAUGCAGAGAAAUCUCCGUUGACUCUGUUUAUUUCAA